CAUCAUCAGGUGCCUUGCCCAGUUUGAGCUUUGACUGCCAUGGCCCACACACACAUGUUUCGGGUCAAGUGGAUCAAUUCAUUGGUAUUCAUUUCCAGUUCUCUGGCUGCUGUCUCCAUCAUCAUUUGUCUUUGCCUUCCUCUUGCUUUCUUCCCUUCAAUCUUUCCCAUAAUUACCGUAUUUUCUAACUCCUCUUUCCUAAUCACAUGUCCAAUGAAGUCACGUUGCCUUUUCAUGACCUCAUACAUUAUUUCUCUGUUUGUGCUUGCUCUGUUUAUGAUAUCAUUAGAUAUUUGUUUUGUCCUUGAUAUUCUUUGCAUCCUCCACAAAAACCACAUUUCUGCUGCUUCAAUUCGUUUCCUCACGUUACUAGAUAUUGUCCAACGUUCUGAGCCAUAUAACAUAACUGGAGAAACAUAACAUUUCAGUGCUCUGAGGCGGGUUGUCAUGCCUAGUUUAGUAUUGGUCAGUAUACUCUUCAUUCUCGUAAAGGUGUCUUUUGCAAUCCCUAUUCUGCUUUUGAUGUCCAUGUCACACCUGCCAUCUGAUGUCACCCAGCUUCCGAAGUGGCAAAAGUUCUGUACUUGUUUUAUGUCUUCCCCGUUUAUUCUCAGCCUGCAGCUAGGAUUCUCCUUCUUUUUGGAUAUCACCAUACAUUCUGUCUUUCUGCAAUUGAUAGAUCUUUGCACUUACUACUGUAUAUCAAGUUUUGUAGUUCUUCCUCCGUACUUGCAAUUAACAGCGUCAUACCGCAAAUCUGAAAUUAUUGAUGAGUUAGUUCACCGCCAACUUUGAUACCCAAGAUGUCUCUUUUUUGUGUAAUAUUGUUUCACUGUGCACAUUAAACAAAUCAGGGGAGAUUGUCUAACGCCUCUCCUGAUUUUCCUGAACUGACUCACUCGCCCAUUUAUUCUCACGGCGGCAGAUUUCUGAUCAGGCGGAGGCCUUUACGUCACUUCCACGAAUGGCUGACGUCCAGCGCGAUGGCGUCACGGCCUUCCGUCGGGCGGCGCUUAUACGCAAGUCGCUGGCAUAAAAAGUUAAUUGGGGACAGUAGCCGUGAGAGUAACGCAGUGGGUUUCCCCCCCCAAAUAUGGUGACUUUGCCUCGCCCUUUCGUGGCCGCGUUGGGAUGGAUUUGAAUGCGGACGCUGAGCGCCGAGUUGAUGCUGUUUUCCGACCUGAGGUACUUCACUCCCAUCCCUUGUUGUUUCGGGGCCGAAGUGGAAAGCGGACGAAUUGCGGCUCCAACAGAUGGGGCAGGCGCUGUGGAGGGUUGCAAGGAACCAGCAACUGCAACACCAACGGUACACUGAGGACGGCUACUAUCUCGUAGACCAUGACGGGAGGCUUGCCGCAGCAAAUCGCAAACAUGCGCAGGUUGGGAUUGACAUCUACCACAUGCUGAGAGUUGGCAAAUCAAAGGAAGAUCGCGGAUUUCCAGAUCUGGAACUCUUGCCCCCAGAGCUAAGCUUAACUAUUCUAUCAUAUCUGAAUGCAACUGACCUCUGCCUGGCUUCGUGUGUCUGGCAGGACUUGGCCAAUGAUGAUGUUCUCUGGCAAGGGUUAUGCAAGUCCACCUGGGGUCACUGUUCCAUAUACUAUCGAGUCUAUCCAGGUUUUAACUACAGACAACUCUACAUGCAGCUAGAUGAAGGCAGCCUUACCUUCAAUGCUAAUCCUCAUGAGGGUAUAGGUUACAUUUUUCGUAAAGGAAUACUGGACAAUGUCCCAAAGGAAAUUGCAAAGUUUAUUUUCUACACAAGAACACUAAAUUGGAAGAAGCUUCGAAUUUAUUUAGAUGACAGGAGAGAUGUGCUAGAUGAGCUUGUGACACUGCAUAAUUUCAGCAACCAAUUCCUACCUAAUGCACUUCGAGAGUUCUUUCGGCGCAUUCACGCUCCCGAAGAGCGGGGCGAGUACCUGGAGACGCUAAUCACCAAAUUCUCGCAGCGAUUCUGUGCUUGUAACCCGGCUGUGACUAGAGAUCUUGGCCUGAGUCCAGAUGCUGUUUAUGUACUUUGCUAUUCCCUGAUCCUGCUUUCCAUCGAUUUGAAUAGUCCACACGUGAAGAACAAGAUGUCCAAGCGGGAAUUUAUCCGGAAUACACGACGUGCUGCCCACAAUAUUAGUGAGGAUUUUGUGGGCCAUCUAUAUGACAAUAUUUACCUAGUUGGUCACGUAGCUGCCUAAAAAAAAACUACCAUUUACAACUUUACCAGAACAUUUAAACUUAAAACUAUAAAAUUGCACAGUGAAGUACGUUGACCUUUUUAAAUGAGGACUAUUUAAGAGCUGGCCCUUGUAAUCUUUUGUGUACAAUCAGAUCUUUUCUGUUUCCAUCUUGCCAUUGUUAGCACUUUAGUAACUGAAUCCCUGUUUAUAUUUUAUAUUGUUUAGUUAUCAUAAGUUGCACAUAGUUGUGCCAAUGGUCUGAUGCAGCAAUUCGGGAAAUGGAUUAAUUCAAAACUGACAUAGUAGUGCAAGGGCUACAAUAGCACUGGAUAUUGGUAAUAGGGUUAACAAAUUAAGUGGGGCAAUGAGCUCCCUAACUUUUUUUAAAAUGUGUGUGAUGUGUGUAAAUAUUGCAGAAUAAGAGAGAUUUAUAAUCAUAUGAUUAUUUUGUAAGAUAUUUUACUGAAAAGAAUUUUCUGUGUAUGGAGAGGUUUGUAUUUUUUCUCUUUUGUCUUUCAUUCCAUAGAAGUGACAUAAAAUAUAGCACAUAGUUAUGUGA